AAGAAGACUACUUGGCUACUACACGGAUGUGACGUAUCGCUCAGCAUGAACCGGAAACGACAUACCUGACAACAAACCUGAGUGAAGUGUGUUUUGGUAAUUAAAUUAACCUCUUCAUCUGUCUACUGACACAUAUUCUGAGGACAUGUCAUAGUUUGCACUCGUCGCUAUAAAGGCACUUCAGUCUCUUUAGCCGUCGAAGGUAGUCUGCUGUCCUGCACUCACACUCUGAGGUUUAUUGACGUAGUGAGUAACUAGCACACAGACAGAAGUUGUCACCUUCGUCAAAUGGCCUGCACUCUGGACAAAGUGUUGGGCGAUGCCCGGACCCUUCUGGAGAGGCUGAAAGAGCACGACACGGCCGCAGAGGGACUGAUCGAGCAGUCCGGGGCCCUCAGCCAGAGAGUGCACAACAUGAAGGAGGUGGGAAAUGCUCUACCUGACAAGCACAUAGAAGACACGUCAGAGAUUCAGGAGCUGACCAAAUACAAGCCUCACGUCCUUCUUACUCAGGAAAACACACAAAUCAAGGAUCUGCAGCAGGAGAAUAAAGAACUAUUGUCUCUGGAAGAACACCAGUACGCACUAGAGUUGAUCAUGGGCAGGUACCGUAAGCAGAUGCUCCAGCUGAUGAUGGCGAAGAAGGAGCUGGACACCAAACCUGUGCUCAGCCUCCACGAGGAUCAUGCAAAGGAGGUGCAGAGCCAGGUGGAGAGAAUAUGUGAGAUGGGACAGGUGAUGAGGAGAGCAGUGCAGGUGGAUGAUCAGCACUACUGCUCUGUAAGAGAGAGGCUUGCACAGUUAGAGAUUGAGAACAAGGAGCUUCGAGACCUCCUGACCAUCAGCAAGGCGUCAGUAAAGGCAGCAAGAGAAGAACCGAUCCAGCCAGCAGCAGCAGCUCAAGAACAAGAACCAAAACAGACCCCUGAGCCGGCAGCUAACGAGUGACCAGAGCAUCUUUGAAAUGAGCUGUGGAUGGAACAACACCUCCAGGACCAGGAGACAGGGUGGAUCUUCUCUUCACCUGAAUUCACCUCAUCUACUUAUUUUUUUAUUUUAAAUACGAUUGAAUGCAGUCAAACCACAGCAUAUUUUUGUGAAGGCCACUUAAACACAGCAGUCUCGCUAUAGCAAGCAUUUACCUUCAGGUAGCUUUUGAUGGUAGCUAUUGUUCUUAUAUGUACAGCAUGUGUUUUAUCACUACAGUCUUGAUGGAGUGAAUUUCACACAAGCCUUGAUUAUAAAUAUAUAACGUGUUGGUGAUCACUGGUAAGAAUUUGGUUCAUAAAUAUGUGCUGGAGAAAAAGCAAAGGGUUGUUUGGCCAGAGAAAGAUUUACUUUUCAAGGACACAGUCUCUACCUCUUUAGUGCCCCUUUGCUGCACACACACACACACACACACACACACACACACACACACACACACACACACACACACACACACACACACACACACACACACACACACACACACACACACUCUCAAAGUGUUAAAUAUUCUUAAUCACCCCUGCUAUUUGUUCACUUAAAGUCCACCUUUUAUUCUACUCCAUUUUUGAAUCUGUGCUUGAUAAUCACUGCCAACACCAUGACUCUUGGCUGUUUCACAGUACGCCUGCUAAGGAGUGACAUUGGAUCGUUUGUAUGUAAUGGUCUGAUUAUUUUACCACUUUGAUACAUUUGUCAGUCUGUUUGUAGAACCCACAUGUAACAAUAACAUGUUUUCCAUGUUUGGUGUUUUGAUUGUGUGUGUUAAACUCUACUUUUGUAGCUUUGAGAUUUGGAUACAGAGUAAUUAAGAGACCCAGUUGAUGGAACAUCUUUAUUUAGCAGUUUGAAAGCAUUGCAUAUUUUUUUGUAAUGGAUAUCAAUGUUUGCGGACUGUGUGUGGUCAGAAAUUCUCUAUUGUCAUCUCAGGAAAUCAGUGUUACAAAGGUGGACAUGCUCAAGUUCAUGACAGUUUACUGAUAUGUGUCAAAUGAAAUUUCAUGUAAAAACUUGAAAAUAAAUUUGCAGUGAAUAAUGAA